AUGCAGGGCACUAUAGUCAACAUAAAUCAAACACAGUGUACAAGUUCAGGCCCAUUAAUUCACCCUGACGACCCUUCAAAUGUUUGUACAUCAUUUCGACUUGAACUAAAAGAAAGAGUUAUUCGAGGUCCAUAUCAACCAGAUAUUAAAUUAUUUCCCAGGACAAAAAUAGGUCAAAAUUAUAGAAGCUUCCAAAAAAAAUGGUAUGAUUGUUUUAAAUGGUUGGAAUACAGUGUAUCAAAAGAUAAAGCAUUUUGUUUUCCUUGCCGUAUGUUUUUAAAUUCUGGAUCAAAUGUAGGACAGGCUGAUACAACUUUCUCUAAAACUGGAUUUAGUAAUUGGCAUGUGGCAACUACAAGUUUCAAAACUCAUCAGAUGUCUAAAUCGCACAUUAGAAGUACUUCAUCCAUGACAUUUUUUUUAAAUUCUCAAUCAAUUGACAUUGCAUUAAAUAAAUCCCAAGAGCUUGAACUUUCAAGAAGAGAAAUGCAGCGCUUAGUCAAUAGGAAUAUAAUGCAUCGUUUAGUAGAUAUAAGCUUAUGUUUAGCUAAAAAUGUAUUAAAUGAUCACUUACAAAAUUGUCCCAAAAAUGCUAGUUAUUUAAGUAAUCAUAUCCAAAAUGAUAUCAUUACUUCUAUUCAUAAUGUAUUGAAACGAAAUAUUGCUGCUAAAUUAAGUAAUCGGACUGUCUCAAUAAUUGCUGAUGAAACAACUGACUGUGGUCAUUAUGAACAACUUUCCAUAUGUGUUCGUUACUUUGAUGAAAAUKAAAAUCSUCCACAAGAGCUAUUUAUUGGGCUUAAAAAAAUGUCUUCAGUAAAUGCGCAGUCUAUUUUCGAUGCUCUUACAGAUGCCACAAACCAGGUCGGGAUAGAUUGGCAAUCAGUUAUUGCUGUUUGUUUUGAUGGUGCUGCAACAAUGUCUGGCCAUUAUAACGGAGUUCAGGCCAAAGCAAAAUUAUCAAAUAUAUUUUUUGUGGAAGGUAGUCCAAUUAGACAUGCAAUUUUAGAAAGGGUAUCCAAAGAAAUGAAUAUUAAACUAAAAUCACUUAAAACUUUGUCUACAACAAGAUGGGCUUGUCGAGCGGAAGCCWUUCAAGCAGUGAAAAAUAAUUAUUCAGUCCUCCUUCAAUGCUUGGCAGAGAUUUCGAAGACUUCUAAUUUAUCGGAAAUUAAAGUAAAAUCAAGUGGCCUUAUAAAACAAAUGAAAACAUUUAAUUUCAUAUUGUCCCUUAACAUGCUAAAUCCAAUAUUACUUUUGGUGCAAAAAAAAACUGUACAUAGUCAGGAUGAUGAAAGUGUUGCGGUAAAUGAACCUGAAGAUAUGUCUGAGAUAGGAUUGUCUACUAUUAGUGACCAUGAACCUGAAGAUACGUUAGAGCCGUUAGAGGUACAUGUUGAUAUAGAGACGAGAAAGAACAAAAUUAGCAGAUCUCUCAUGGACAAUUUUAAGUCAAAUGAAUCCAUAAAUAUAAUUGGUAAUAGGAAAAGGUAA